ACAUAUUUGUCGUCCUAACAAAUUCUUCUCUAUAUUUUACAAAAUUCUGUCUAUUCCUCAAAACCACAACUUCAAGGAGGUAGCAAUUCUACUGGUGGCUGUUCCAUUUCUAAUUUUAAAUUAUUCUUCAAACACAGAGUUGUAGGAUUUGGACAAAAAAAGGGAUAUUAAUUUGAGGUGAAGACUCGAUCACACCAUAAUUGAUCACUCUAAAGCUUCCAUCCAUGGCUGAAGAAGCUCAGAAGUAUGCAGUUGUCACCGGCGCAAACAAGGGGAUCGGGUUGGAGACAUGUCGGCAGCUGGCAUCUCGGGGCAUCACAGUUGUGCUGACAGCUCGAGAUGAAAACAAAGGUCGUGAAGCCGUAGAAAAGCUCGAGGCGUCAGGCCUUGUAGAUCGUGUGAUCUUCCAUCACUUGGAUGUUACUGAUAAUUCAGUUACUGCUCUGGUUGAAUUCAUCCAGUCCCUAUUCGGAAGGCUCGAUAUCUUGGUGAACAAUGCAGGGAUUGCCGGUUCCAAGGUGGAGUGGGAGGCUAUAGAUCUUAAAGUUCAAGCCGAGAUAGAUUGGAAUAAGAUCUCGACUGAUAUCUCCUAUGAGUCCACAAAAGACACUAUUGAAACGAACUACUAUGGUACCAAAAGGAUCACCGAAGCGCUUCUUCCCCUUCUCCAACUCUCAAACUCACCGAGGAUUGUAAAUGUAUCUUCUACAUUAGGGAACCUUAAGUAUAUACCGAGUGAGUGGGCAAGGGGGAUACUCAACGACGAAGAAAAUUUGACAGAGGAGCGAAUAGACGGAGUGGUGAACGAGUUUUUAAAAGACUCCAAGGAAGAGGAAGUUGAAGCCAAAGGGUGGCCUAAAUCAAUGGGUGGAUACAUGGUUUCGAAAGCAGCCAUGAAUGCCUACACAAGGAUUCUUGCCAAGCAAUACCCCAGCUUUCGGAUCAAUUGUCUCUGCCCUGGGCUCGUGAAAACGGAUAUUACUCGCAAUGUAGGGGUGUGGACGGCCGAAGAAGGAGCAGAAAUCCCGGUUAUGCUGGCGACCCUGCCCGAUGAUGGUCCUACCGGUCGCUACUUUUACCGCAACACUCUGGCUGACUUCUGAGAAAUACUUGUAUUGUUGUUGCUGAAAGAUAGUAAGCAUGGAUCAAUCUCAAUCUCAUUAUAAUUGUAUAAGUAAACACACUUAUGUGCGCAAAUGCAGGUGGAGAUUUAGGAUAUUCAACACAAUAUUGACAACAUAUCAAAUAUUAAUAUCAUAAAGUUAUUACAGAUUGGAUCAAGUGCUGAAAAUGAAUUUUCAGCACAAUGCUGAACACUUACAUUUUAAUUUGUAUUAUUAUAUUAAUUAUAUUAUUUA